CAGCUCUGGGUUCUGACCCAACUCACCUGUAACAACAGGCGUGAGGUAUUCUGAAAACACAAUGGCUGGCAGGCUUAUUUGUUGAUACAAAAGUUGCAGCAAUUCCCUGAAUUGUGGCGUGCUCUGCAGACCUGACUCCUGGUUUCCAAUGAUGACAGAAUACGAAUAUUAUGAUGAAAAUAUCACAUUCACCAUUCCAUCUUCUGUAUUAUGUGAGAAACAUAAAGUUGCAGAUUUCAGGAAAGUUUUUAUGCCCUGUUUUUAUUCCGUUAUAUUUCUGUCAGGGCUUUUGGGGAAUUCUUUGGUCGUCGUGAUAUACAUUUACUAUGAGAAGCUGAAGACCGUGACAAAUAUCUACAUGAUGAAUCUGGCGAUUGCUGACUUGCUGUUUCUCUGCACCCUGCCAUUCUGGGCAGUUGAUGCACACAGUCAAUGGAUUUUUGGAACUUUUAUGUGCAAACUUGUGAGUGGGGCAUAUACGGUCAACCUUUAUAGCUGUAUGUUAAUACUCACCUGUGUGAGCAUCAACAGGUACAAAGCCAUUGUUCAAGCAACAAAAUCACUGAAUAAUGGAAAGAAAAUAUUUCACAGUAAGUUAAUCUGUGUGGGCAUUUGGGUGUUUGCAAUCAUUUUGGCUCUUCCAGAAUUCAUUUUAUGCAAAGCUAAAACUGAAACUGAUACAUUGAAUAAAUCUGUCUGUAAGAUGGUGUAUCCACUUAAUCAGACCCAAAUGAUCAAAGUGGGAGUGCGUAUAACACAGAUGGCAGUGGGAUUUCUAAUACCCUUUGUGGCCAUGACCAUUUGCUACUCAGUCAUUGCAAAAACCCUGCUCCAAGCUAACAGGUUUCAGAAGCACAAGUCAUUAAAGAUUAUCUUUGCAGUUAUUGCUGCAUUUGUGAUUUGUGAGCUGCCAUUCAACAUCGUCUUGUUGAUGCAAACUCUACAGAUCAUCAGGCAAGAACAAACCAGUUGUGAAUACACUGCAAGCAUAAACUAUGCAAUUAUUGUAACAGAGAGCAUUGCUUAUGUACACUGUUGUCUCAAUCCUAUUCUUUAUGUAUUUCUUGGAGUGAAGUUUAGAAAUAGUUUUCUUAAGAUUUUAAAAGAUGCUGGCUGUAUCAGUCAAAAACAAUUAGCUGGGCUUCUGAAAACGGAGUGUGAGACAUCACAACCUGUUUCAGUUGUAUCCGAAACAACGGCAAUGUAUCCUUUAUAAAAGAUACCACAUUUGGAUCUAUAAUUGUAAAUGAAAGCAGCAGCACAGUUUACUGAUUUAUUCUGAAUUUUUGUGAUUUACAAUUGCUUAUGCUCAUUUCUUACCAUCUGUGGAUAUAAAA